UUAAAGCCAUGUCGCUUUCUGUGAGAAGAAGGCAUAUUAACUGAUUUUAUAAAGUUCGGUUCGGUAAACCGAUCGGUUAGAUAAAAUUAUUCUAAACCGAUCGGUUAGAUAAAAUCCUUUUAAAUGAAAUCGCAGGAGUGUCGUAGCUAGUGAGAGAAGGAUGGCGUCACCGACUGAUCACGGCGGCGACUCGGUUGAGACUCGGUCUCCGGAGCUCAGAAAGGAUCCGGUGACUAACCGCUGGGUCAUAUUCUCUCCCGCCCGAGCUAAGAGACCGACUGAUUUCAAAUCGAAAUCUCCAGAGAACCCUAAUCCCAAACCUUCCUCUUGCCCCUUCUGCAUCGGCCGCGAGCACGAGUGCGCUCCGGAGAUAUUCCGCGUCCCGCCGGAUAACGACCCGAAUUGGAAAAUCCGGGUCAUCGAGAAUCUCUACCCGGCUCUAAGCAGGAAUCUCGAGACCCAGUCGAAGCAAACGGGUACGAAUCGGAGUAUCGUCGGGUUCGGAUUCCACGACGUGGUGAUCGAAGCUCCUCUUCACUCGAUUCAGCUCUCCGAUAUCGAUCCGGUGGGUAUCGGCGAUGUUAUGAUCGCCUAUAGGAAGAGGAUCGAGCAAAUCGCGAAACACGAUUCCAUCAAUUACAUUCAGGUGUUCAAGAACCAUGGCGCGUCGGCUGGAGCAUCGAUGAGUCACUCACACAGUCAGAUAAUGGCUCUCCCUGUUGUUCCUCCUACAGUUUCUUCACGACUUGAUGGUACGAAAAGUUACUUCGAGGAGACUGGGAAGUGUUGUCUUUGUGAAGCUAAAUCAAAACACUUUGUGAUCGAUGAGUCGUCUCAUUUUGUUUCUGUGGCUCCUUAUGCUGCUACGUAUCCCUUUGAGGUUUGGAUUGUUCCUAAGGAUCACUCUUCCCACUUCCAUCAUCUUGAUGACGUCAAGGAUGUUGAUCUUGGAGGACUUUUGAAACUCAUGCUUCAGAAGAUUGCAAAGCAACUAAACGACCCUCCGUAUAAUUACAUGAUCCAUACUUCUCCCCUCAAGGUGGCAGAGUCACAGUUACCUUACACGCACUGGUUCUUACAGAUCGUUCCUCAGCUUUCCGGGGUUGGUGGGUUUGAGAUGGGCUCAGGGUGUUACAUAAACCCAGUUUUCCCGGAGGAUGUAGCAAAGGUUUUGCGGGAAGUUAGCCUUGCUUGAAUCCGGUUUUGGUUCUACUAACCUGAUGUUCUGAGGGAAGUCAUUGGUGUGGAGUUUUGCUUCUUUGAGAAAAAAUUGCUCAUCGUCUUUGUUUCAUCUGUUGAAGAAGAUGUUUGAGCUUUGAUUUAAAUAACAUUGAUGUUAACAAUACAUGUUAGUUCUUUUGUAAUAAGCUGAGUUACCUUUAAACUACGUGUUAGAUUCACACAUUGACUUUUUCAUCCCUUCAA